UCGGAACUCGGGGGUGUGAAUGAGUCUGGAGAGCUGGCCACAAACACUUCGGAUUUACCCUCAAAACGCCGUGCAGUAACCAGACAGACACCCACUCUUAAUGUUGAAAUUCCUAAGCAGCGUUUAUCAUCGAAAGUAACAAGGGAGCCUCUGCGGUUUUAGGAGAGACCGGGAAGUGGACUAACAAUGGACACAGGGAGCGCGUUUUACCGCUGAAUGCUCGCGGAUUUGGACUGAUGUUUUGCAAAGACUUCUGCUGCUGCUGCUGCUGCUGCUGCUGUUGCACGGACCGGGCCUUGGAGGAGCCACAAAGUGACGAGGACAAAAGGAGAGCAAAAGAGGACGCAUGUGUGCAGAGAACCGGUGCCCUAGAUCUGUACAACAUCUGAGUUACUCUGUCAUUCACCUCCUCUCUAGCUGUCUCAGGCAGUAGUUUCUUCACCCGUACCUGGAAAAACAAAGAGAAGGCGUUCAGAGGAACAAAAUCUCUGUGCGUAAAGGGAGACGCAUCGGUGCGUAUUUGCUGUACUUUUCCAACAUGCGUGCAAUAAAUCAUGCUUGUUUGCUGACUAACUUAUGCCCUGUUUCAUGACCCUGCUGGUAUAGAUGUAUUACAGUCUUCCUCAUUCUUCAUAUCUGUCAUGAGUUAUGGCGAUGCCUGCAGAAUCUGACAGCACCGGUGCGCAAAACAGUACUCGUGAAAAAACCAUCAGCGCACCGGAACGCAAUGGUUAUGUGAAAACAUGUGUCAUCCCACUGUGCCGUGACCGAGAUUACGAGUCGUGGGUGAGGCUAAUGUUCACAAAAGUAUGGGGUUCCCAGAGAUUCCGAAGUGCGGUGUGUGCGGGAUCGCUCUCGGUUUUUCUCGCUCUGUUGGUCAAAUGUGCAGAUUGGAGCGCUGACAACACACUCCUGCAUUCAUCGUCUCCCCUUCACUUCGUCUCAGGCUGCGCGGCGGAGCUGUUGCAAACUUGCUGGAGUGUGCUUUCGCCAUUGUUCACCCUCGUAUGUGCCUUCUUUUGGGUCGGGGUCUACUUAAUCCGCUGCGGGGUUCUAAUCCAGACCGCCCUCUCCCUCUUAACCUUGUGCCACCUCGGAGAGGCAGCGGCGUGGUCUCUGCUGGACGGAACAGAUGAGCAGCUGCUUUCGUUCUCCACAGCAGCCGUGGUCGUGCUCGUCUGCGUGGCCACCGGCGCACUCAUGGUAGCGCGGCUGAAUCAGGGCAUAUCUGUUAUCGUUUUCAUCAGCCUAGUCAGGACUAUCUCACUCUUCUCGCUGCACAAAGUCCGGGCCACUUGGAGACCGUACGUGGCGUACCUGGUUGGAGUGCUGGGCAUCCUGCUGGCGAGGUAUGCUGACAAGCUCCUUCCCAACCAAGGGAGACACAAGGAGGGCUGCACCCCCGUGACUGGAGGCAGGGAAGAGGUCCCUGUAUUUAAAAGGCGCAGGAGGUCCAGUUCUGUGAUAGCCUCAGACAUGGCAAACAGUCAGUCCAACAGUAAGUCACAUCGCCGGACCUCUCUGCCAUGCAUCCAGAGGGACCAGAUGCUCCCCCGCUCGGAUUGGGACCACAAGAGAGGCUCCCGAGGAUCACAGUCGUCAGGCACCACUGUCAUGGUGGACAUAGCAGUGAUGGGAGAGGCCCACGGACUGAUCACAGACCUGCUGGCUGACCCUGCUCUGCCCCCCAACACCUGCACCUCACUGCGGGCCGUCAGCAAACUGCUCACCACACAACUCACCUUCCAGCCGCUGCACCGGCCACGCCCUGCUCCCCUGCUCAACCCCAGCGAUGCCUACGCCCUCUCUGACUCAGAGGAGGGACCUGAGAAAGGAGAGAAGACAUCCAUCCACAAGCGUCUGAGGCGGAGUCUCCACCCUGGCCUUCUCAGGAGGAUCUCCUCCACAUGGACCACCACCACCUCUGCCACAGGUCUGCCUACCAUCGAGCCAGGACCCGUCCGAAGGGACCGCAGUGCUAGCAUCAAACCGUACCAUGAAACACUCACCUGCAGCUGUGGGAGACCUUACAUCAAACUGAGCCAUGGGGAGGGCUCCAUGGACAAGGGAGACAGGAUACCACGGCCAGAGGACCAAGUGGUUGUGUCAUCAGACUAUGACAGCACCCACGAAGCCAACCACAGUGACAGCAGUGAUGUAGCUCAAACAGAGGAGGACGCAGAGGAGGGAAAAAACCCCGCCCAGAAUGUCAUCCUCCACCCACUAAUACCUCCGGAGGACAAACCCAUUCUGGCUCCAGAACCGUUAUUAAUGGAGGACUUAGAGCCCCUGAUGAGUCAGCUAAACAAUUGGAACUUCCCCAUCUUCACAAUGAUGGAGAAAACCAACGGGAAAUGUGGGCGCAUCCUCAGUCAGGUCGCCUACAGGCUCUUUGAAGACACUGGCCUGUUUGAAACCUUCAAAAUCCCAGUCAAAGAAUUCAUGAACUACUUCCAUGCCCUUGAAAACGGUUACAGAGACAUACCAUAUCACAACAGGGUCCACGCCACAGACGUUCUUCAUGCAGUGUGGUACCUCACAACGCAGGCUGUGCCGGGUCUGCCCAGCCUCAUAGCUGACCACAGCUCUGCCAGUGACUCAGGUGUGUCUGAUUGUACAGACUCUGACAGUGGAAUAACACACAGUCACAUGGGCUUCCUGGUUUCAAAGACCUACACUGUGUCAGAGGACGGUUACGGCUGCUUGUCAGGACUCAUACCGGCUCUGGAGCUAAUGGCCCUCUACGUGGCCGCUGCCAUGCACGACUACGACCACCCGGGCCGGACCAAUGCUUUCCUUGUGGCCACCAGCGCUCCACAGGCAGUGCUCUACAACGAUCGAUCCGUCCUGGAAAACCACCACGCUGCCUCAGCCUGGAACCUCUUCAUGUCCCGGACGGAGUUCAACUUCCUUGUUAAUUUGGACCACGUGGAAUUCAAGCGAUUUCGUUUCCUGGUCAUUGAGGCCAUACUCGCAACUGAUCUGAAGAAGCAUUUUGACUUCCUGGCAGAGUUCAAUGCCAAGGUGGGUGACGAUCCAUCCACGGGUAUUGAUUGGUCGAACGAGAACGACAGGUUGCUGGUGUGCCAGAUGUGCAUUAAACUGGCCGACAUCAAUGGGCCUCUGAAGUGUAAGGAGCUGCACCUGCAGUGGACAGAGGGCAUUGUCAACGAGUUCUAUGAGCAGGGAGAUGAGGAGUCCAGCCAAGGCCUUCCAAUCAGCCCCUUCAUGGACCGAGCAGCACCACAGCUGGCCAAACUCCAGGAGUCGUUCAUCACACAUAUCGUGGGGCCGCUGUGCAAUUCCUACGACUCGGCCUUCCUCAUACCUGGACGAUGGGUGGAACCCAGCCCAGAUGCAGAGGAGCCGGACAUAACGGAGAACGAAGAGGAAGAGGAGGAGGACACUGCGGAGGAAGACGCGUCAACCUGCUCAGAAGCAUCACAGAAAGCAGCCCCCAAGAAGAGGAGGAGAGUCUUCUGCCAGAUCACGCAGCACCUGAUGGAGAACCACGAGAUGUGGAAGAAGGUGAUCGGGGAGGAGGCCUCGAAACCGGGCCAGGGAGCAGAGUCAGUCCAUUUAAACAAUGUAGCUGAGCCCAUCCUGGCUAUUCACGAGGAGGAGGAGGAGCCAGGCAGCAGAGAGGAGCUGGUGGAGGGAGAGGAUCCAGAGGAGGGACUGGAGGAACCAGAGUGGCCUGUGUCCCCGCAGGAAGACUCUGAACCCCCACAGGAACUAGAGGAUGAGGACCCACAGUGAAAAGGCUCAUGGGAAAUAUGGAGUCGGUCAGGGCGAGGACGUGAAGACGUAUUUCUUGUUUUCUUAUCCUAUUAAAUGACUCCUGUUUUUUGCCAGCACGUCACUUAGACACAACACUGUAGAUGUUUGGGAAAUGUGUGCCUAUACAGAGAAAAACAGGGUGGGAAAGUUUGUGCUUUACACAUUUGAUCUGAAUAUCUGGUUGCACCAAACAUUUAAAGGAGCUUUCCAUAAUGCAAUACAGGACUAUUACUUGUGUACCUUGGGAUACAGACUCUUUUUGCUACUGUCGAGAGGAGAGAAAGACUGGUGGCACAGACCUCAACCCAGCGUGGUAAUACUGGACUGCAGACAUUUGCUGCCAAUUUAUACAUAAUUAUUUUCUGAAUGCAAUUAUAUAUAAACACCACAGUUACUCGUUCUUGUGUUUCAAUUUUAGCAAGAGUUUUUGAGGUCUUUCAUGGGCCAUAAUACGUUUGUUUUUUUUAAAUAUAAAAUAUAGAUUAUAAAAGGAGCCAAUCACAAGAGGGAACUUUGGCGCAUCUUCUUCCUUUCAACGUCUGCCAAAAUGAAUCACUCACCCACAGGCUUAGCACACGAAAUCAAAUAUUUAUGCAUUUUAUGUUCAAUAUUUGUUGCCAAAUUAAGUUCUUUAUACCUAAAGUGUUACCAUAUUAGCAAAGACAGUAGAGGCUACUGAUUGUGUAUGUGUGUGUGUGUGUGUGUGUGUAUGUGUGAGUGUGUCUGCCUGUUUAACGCACUUCUUCUUCUUCAGAGGACAUAAAACAAAAGUUAAGCAGAUGAUCUGCUUGGUGAGCCAUUUCUGGUUUCCAGUCCUAACAUGAAUAGAGUCAUGGAGGGUUGACCACCCCAAUUGUUGUUGUUCAGUGUUAAGCACUGAGAGAACAAACGAUUGUUGCAAGUAGUAAGGCUGUGCUGCAAACAAAACCAAAAAGGAAAAACCAGUAAACUAAAUUUACACCAACACUGCCAAAGUGUUUGAAUAUAGGGGGAAAAAAAGGAAAACGGGUUAUCAUUUAUAUACAAAAUAUUAUUAAGGACCAGUAAGAAUAAUGUAUUAAACAAUACUGAUUAAUCAAUAGGUCAAUUCAUCAAUACAGUGUCCUCUGUCUUGUCAGUGUGCUUUAUUAUAAUCUAUACUUGCUCUCAUUAUAUAUAUAAAAAAACUGCAAAUAAUUCCAAACUAAAACCCUCAGGAAAACAUCAACUGUAGAAGCAGAUAUAAAGUUGUCAACCUUGUAAAAGUCACCUUUUCCUUAUUGGCCAAGAUGACAGCGUUAGCAGCGGGAUAUGUUGUUACAUUUGUUUUACACUUCGAGUCUUUAAAGUGUCUUCUUUGGAAUUUCCCAUCAGCAAAAGGAUCGGUUAAGUUGGCCACACGUUGGCCUUAAAACUUAUGUUCCAUCUUAUACACUCUUAAGACACUGUAAACUUUGAAUGCCAAUCUCUUAGGUCAUUGUUUUUUUAUUGCCUCACAAUCAAAGUCAGAUCAGAAACACGGGCAGUGAAUGUGGUUCAUUUAAUAUCCCAUAGACCAAUAACAAUACUCACAUUAAGAAAAGAAGAUACCUUAAAGCGACGGAGGUGAUGGCAGUUGUGUAAGUGAUGAGCUGAUUGUUCUUUCGCUGGCAUGCAAGCUCUCAAAACAAACCAACAAAAAUACAUAAAACACAACAGAAACUCAGUUAUAAUUAAAUAAAUGUUCCUUUCAACAGUUAAUGAUACUGAUUGCUUAAUGCGCUAGCUGCUUUAAAAGGCAACUUUAUUGAUCCUUCAUCCAGUCAUUUCAAUGUUCAAAUAAAUGAAGGAGUGGCGUAGGUGGCCUGGUGGUUGGUGCCAGCCCAGGUUUGGGUCCAACCUGUGGCUCCUUUCCCGCAUUUCGUUCACCACUCUCUCACCCCGAUUUCUGGCUGUAUCCACUGACCAGUGGUCCAGUGGUCACUUUAAUACUUCUGCAAAUUUCCCUUUGACAUAAAAUGCAUUGUUUCUAAAAUAUACUUUGUACUUUGUAAGUGGAAUUUCACAGGAUAACAUCUGAGCAAAUAACAUGAUAACAGUGUAAAGUUCAGGAUGCAGGAUGGUGAACAAAACGUAAAGGAAAACUCCAAUGUCAUGUCUUAUUGCUAGAAGUCACAUUAUUGUCCCUGCUUUCAUCCCCAAACCCCCAAAAACAUGUGGAUACCCAGUCACACAUCCAGCAUGUUAAGGAUGCAAAUGAUUCCUCGUGAAUGUCCCACUUUUCUUAAUUCAUAAUUCAAAUCUAUAUAGACAAUGUGUUUGAGGGACCAUAAGUAGAUCAUGAGUUAGUGCAGUCCUCUACACAGAGUUGGCGUGUCUACGCUCUGUCACACAGAGUGCAGUGAGGCAAUAUGUAAUGAAUUAUCCACCGCUAAUCUUGUGGAGUUCUCAUGACCUACAUGCACAUCUGAAGCGCUGGUAUCUUGUCUCACCUCUGUAAUCUCAUCUCAUUAAACAAAACUGAAGAUGAAGAGUACACAUGUUGGCCUAUAGAGAGGACAGGAGAGGGCAAUAAGAUCAUGAGAUACAUGUGUAGAACAUCAUGUCCCUUUUUUUCUGCAGACACUGCAUUAACAUUCUCGUUCACAACGCAAUGUUCCAGACUGCAGUGAAUUGUGAAGUACAUCCAUAGUGGCCUGUUUACUGCUGCCCCGGACGCCGCUAUAGCGUGGAGGAGAGGGCGGAAAUAAACUGCAGCUCAGGCCACAUGAGGUGAAGAUAAUUGGUCCACCUACUGAUUGGAAAGGCAUUAGACGGAGAAUCAUUCUCCUCCAAACCCCCUUUGUAUGACCAAAUGUAUUUGAAACCACUGAACCACAACAACUUCUCCUUUUUUGGGGGUGUUGUGUCACUCGCUGUAUCCUGUAUACGGCAUGCCUGCAGUUUUUGGUAUUUUGCCUGCAGUUCAUUGCUAAUGAGCUGUAAUCAUCUAACAAACACAGUGACUAUUUUUUAUUAAACUUUUGUAAAAACUUAAUGAGAUAGAACUGGUGUUAUGUAAGCAAGCUAUUCAAUACAAAACUAAACCCUGUUUUUUGUGGGCAUGUGAUUGGAAGUGUUUUCUGCUUAUAGUCUGAGUACCAUCGUCCAUGACCAAUUCAGUAGGGAAGCAAAAAAGGCCGUAGUACAAUCACGGGAGACAUCAGCCCCUACAAGGCAAAUUUUAAUCAAAACUCGAGAGCUGUCUCUUCUAACAUUCAUCUGAGAAGUCGGCUCUAGACUUCAACUCCAUUCUCUCUUCUCAAUGCUCUAAGUCGGACUGUAAACAAAGGCAAUGCACGGAAAAUAACAUUUUGGCAGGAAGUUAUUUAUUGGUAACUACUGGCUACAUCGGAAGGCCCAAAAAGUUAGCCAAUACACCUCAGGGGACUAUAUCACCAUGAGAUGAUACCUGUUGGUUUCUCAGAUUGAUACAACAAAACAAUAGUCAUGAAAAUGAUCCAGGCUUUAAAUAAAAUGAGAAAACUUCCUAUCUUUGAUUCUGUUUGAGCUUUCAGGUUGUAGAAUUAAAUAUAGAAUUAACUAAAUUAAUGUGUGUGUGUGUGUGUGUGUGUGUGUGUGUGUGUGUGUGUGUGUGUGUGUGUGUGUGUGUGUGUGUGUGUGUGUGUGUGCGAGAAAUCAAGAAAAUGUGUUUGUUUCUAUUUAAAUUCUUCCAUUGGCCUCUCUUAUGUGACUCUGUCCUGUUUUCGGCUAACUCUCCCUGUUAGGUAGAGUAACAGUUAGCUCCUUUUACUGACAGGUGGGGGUGAUGAAAUAAUGAUGGGAUAAGUGAUGCAGUAAAUUAGUUCUCAGAUUAAAUUGUUAUUCGCAGAAGUUCCUAUAGCAUAUUUCUCCUUGUGCUUCCUCUUUGAUCUGAAUUGCUCAUCCUGCACCUCAGAGACCCUCACUGGCAGCCGCAGUAGUAGUAGAGAAUAAUCACACGAUGUCUCUCAGCUUUAAAGCUAAUGGGAGUCUGUCAGUAUGCCGAUGAUGUAACUUUAAGUGUGGAAUUUGUAUGCAUUUCUCCCCUUGUCACACCAGUCUUAAUUCAACACAUGCAUCGGAGCUGAAGCAGUUUAUCAGUUUUUAUGGUGUACUUUUCACGUUUUAACUGGUUUGAUUUGAUUGUCAUAGAUAAUCGCACUUGUAGCAUAAUUGUAACCAUGGGAACCAAACAAGCUUUACAAUUAUGUAAAAAAUGAAAUGAGAUGUGUAUUUUUAUAAAGUUGACACAUGAUUAAAAUAUUACGUUCUUCUCACUAGUUACUUGCACUUAUACACCACAUGUACGAAUACUUACACGGGGAAGAAUUUGUCCAAAUACACAGUAUUUGUUAACGUCAAAUAAUUAACUUUCUCGCAGGUUGAUGCUCCAUUUUGUACAAUAUACAUAUAUGCUGUACAGUGAAGAAAUUUUAAAACUACAAAAACUCUUUUAGAUAUACAUUAUUUAUUUUUACCAUUUUGUAAUUUAGACACUAUACUGUAGCUUCAAUAUUGCCAGACUUACUGGAAGUGCCUAUAUUGGUAUUAUGUAUCAUACAGUGAACAUAUUUGAAGAUCAUUAGAAGUUGUCACAAACUGAACCAUGUGGAUGUUGUAAUGUGAAUACAUUGAAUUACAAGACUAUAAUUUCUGUGUUA